GAACAAAAGGAAAGGAUAACUGAUGGGUGUUUCUACAUUAGUCUAACACUGCAGAGGGAAACAGACAGCAAAAUAUUAAACAUAAUUAUAUUUCAAAAGAAGUAAUCAUGGGGAAGCAAAACAAUGUGAUUUACAGGGUACUAAGUAUUUCAAAAAUAUUUAGUUUAGCCUCAACAAAAUCUCUAAUUUUGAGUUAAGACACCUGGAGCAUAAGCAAAAUCUAUACACUGCACUGUGUCUAUCACAGACAAUUAUCUAUUUAUUUACAUGGAAUUUCUUGCCCUUCUCAUGCAUAUGUAUCAUUCAUAUAAAUAACAACUGAUGACAACAUGGAAACAAUGCUUGGUUUGCAAGUUUAUUCCAAAGUCUCUAGCAACAAGAAACCAUGACUGGAUAUUUCUUAUAUUACUGAAAUUAUAUGAGCUCCUUUUAAAAAUAUGAAUGAGCUUAUCCCAUAGAAAAUUAUGAUUAACAUCUAUAGGUCCCAUAGGAAUGAAUUUGUUUUGAAAACCAGACUAAACAUUAAAUACACAUAUAUAAAUAAAAUAUAAGAGAAGCCUCAUUCCUGUUUCUCUUUGGCAAAUUUGGAAUUUAGCAUUGGCAUUUUUUUCCUCAGGACUUCUUAAUAGUUUAUAUAAUUGCAUAAUAUUUUCCGUAUUAUUCUCUGUCCCCUUUUUAAUACAGCUUUACAUCAGCAGUGGCCUGAGUAUGUUCAGCAGAAGAGGCUACAUCCCAGGUACCACAAUUCUAGACAAUAAGAAUAUCAUGGUUGGAAGCAGUGAAAAUGUAGACAGAAACUCACAGAAGUUUGUGAGGGAAAUUUUAUGCAACAGGUGUGAUAUGACAGCCUUAAGAUUGCCACCAAAAGAACAGAAUUUAUAUUACAAAUAGCUAUUAUAGAAUACUUUGUUUCAUAAACACAUUAUUAAAUUCAGAUGAUGCACACUUACAAUACUCCUUUUCUACUUUAGAGCUAAACUUUUAGACACACAAGUAAAUCUAAAUUGGCUAACAUUUCUAAAUUAAAGUCUGAAACAGUCAUUUGACAUUUAUGGUUUUGUUUUGUUUUUUAAGGUAACAAUUAUUCCAUCGUGGCUAACCUGGCUCUCCAAAAUUAAUUUUCUCAGAAGUGCAUGUUUUAAAAACUUCCUUGGCCAGCUGCAUGUGGCAUCUAGUCCACUGCCAAUAUGUCAGAAUCUCUGAUCGUCAUACAAAUAGAUAAACAAGUGUCCCACAGUUUUUUACUUUUUAUUUUCAGAAGAUGAGGACAGAAGCGAUAGAAGGCAACAACACCAAACCUAGUGUUCCUCUGCUGAAUCAACGGUACUUAAGGAUGGUCACUAAAGAUGGGCAUAGCACACUCCAGAUGGAUGGUGCCCAAGGAAAAGGAAUUGCAUACAUAAAAGAUGCUUGGGGAAUACUAAUGGAUAUGCGCUGGAGAUGGAUGAUGUUGGUAUUUUCUGCUUCUUUUGUCCUCCACUGGCUUGUUUUUGCAAUUCUCUGGUACCUCUUAGCUGAAAUGAAUGGGGAUCUGGACAUUGAUCAUGAUGCCCCACCUGAAAACCAUACUAUUUGUGUAAAGUACAUCACUAGCUUUACAGCUGCUUUUUCCUUUUCACUGGAGACACAGCUCACAAUCGGUUAUGGCACAAUGUUCCCAAGUGGAGACUGUCCAAGUGCAAUUGCUCUACUUGCUAUACAAAUGCUACUGGGUCUAAUGCUGGAAGCCUUUAUCACAGGUGCUUUUGUAGCAAAAAUUGCCCGACCAAAGAAUCGAGCUCUAUCCAUCCGGUUCACUUAUCUUGCAGUGGUGACACACAAAGAAGGAAAGCCACACUUAAUGUUCCAAGUGGCUAAUACUCGCCCAAGUCCACUCACCAGUGUUCGGAUCUCUGCAGUUCUUUAUGAAGAACGUGAAACUGGUCAACUGCAUCAAACUACUGUGGAUUUUCAUUUGGAUAGCAUAACUUCUGAAGAGUGUCCAUUUUUUAUUUUUCCCUUGACGUAUUACCAUUCUAUUACACCAUCAAGUCCUCUAACCAUUCUUCUACAAAGGGAGGCUUACCGUCACUUUGAGCUAGUAGUCUUCCUUUCAGCCACCCAAGAGGGCACAGGGGAAACAUGUCAAAGGAGGACAUCCUAUCUCCCAUCAGAGAUUGUAUUACAUCACCAUUUUGCGUCUAUGCUCGCUCGUGGUACCAAAGGGGAGUAUCAAAUCAAAAUGGAAAAUUUUGAUAAAACAAUUCCAGAACUUCCAGCAACAGACACUAAAAGUUCAAAAAGGACUGAAAUGGAGAUUCGCAUCAAUGGACAGCACAUUGACAGCUUCCAAAUCUGUGAGACUCAGAUGAUAGAAUAAACUCUGAAUAUGUGCCACUUUUUAAACACAAUGAAAUGCCACUAUCACUUCAAUGCUGUCUUUAUUCUCUCUAUUUUCUCAUGUUUGUUUUAAUCUAUGAGUACCUUUGACUUCAGAACAAUGUGCAGAACAAAGAGCGUAGUAUCCAUGUUACUGGAUGAGCCACUAGAACUGCACAAAAAAGUCAGGGACAAGAACCAUUGCACAAAUCCUUA